UUUGUGGCCACAAUUUCUGAUCGUGGGGCAUGCAUUCCUGUGAUGCCUCGAUUCCGUGCAAAUCCCUAUAUGUUUUCCAGUAAUAAUAAACUAUUUCGAAGUUUAACCACACUGAUACCACGAUUUUCAACAUAAGCCUCCAAAUUGUUGUUUAAAUACUUCCUCUUUUCAUUUUUGAUAUUUUCAAUAGGUAAUGCAUAAGGGAUAUAUAGUAGAUAGCUAGAACACACAUAGCCAAGCUAAAAAUCUGGACAAGACACUUUCACAACUCAAGGUUACUGCCAGAUCCGACUCAACUUGCGUCCACACCAAAUUAAUUUCUGCCCUUUCUUGAACUUUUUGCAUUUACAAAGCCAUAAUCGAUAUUUGUGUUCAGUUAUCCUCCUCCAACCUUAUUUGAUAUUGUGAUGUGUUGAAGCACUUCUCUUUGCCAUUUGAAUACUUGUCGAUUUAGAACGCGCAAAACAGACAAAACACUCUUUACUCGCAUUGACAUUUUCGAUACGACCAGGCAUUAUUUUCAUUAACUAGAUACUGACAGCAUCUAAAAUUACUUCCCAUACUAAAAAUGAUCAGAUUUGCCCUUCACUUUUAUGUUUAUUUACCUUUUUAGUUCGCGCACAUGCAUAUUUCUACCAGCAGGCCACAAAAGUUGUCCGAAAAUAAGCUUACGUGGCAGUGUCAUAUUACUCAUCGCAGUAAAGUGUUGAUUUCCUCCAAUCCAUAACAUCGGUUUUCUCAAGUGUUAUUACGGCAGAAAACCGAUGAUAAAGCUGGAGAAGACUGGCAGCGCUUGGUAGAGUUAAAUUAUAUGGAUCAGAAGCACUGUUUUCCACACGCGCGCGUCUGAGGUGAUCUCAGAAUCCGAAUUCCGAAACCAUUGGAAACCGUUGGAAACAGUGCGCCACAAACUUAACACCUCCUAGAAAUCGUAGAGCGUAAAACUGUAUUUCUGUGCUAUAUGAAAGGCAUAUACAAAGACAGCAGAGACUCUAAGAGCGCGGUAGUCUAUACUUGCCAAAUAGAAAAUUUAACGGGGGUGGAUAUCUUUUAUUCUAAAACUACAUUAUCUUUUUGGACGAUAUAGAGCAGUUCCGAGUAUAGCGACGUCGAUUUUCAAGUACUGCUUCGUAUACUUCCGAAAUAUAUUGAUUAUUGUUUUCGUUGCCUGUAGACUAUGCUAAAUCUCCAAGGAAAUUAAAGCUCAAAUUUCCCGCAUUCCCUAUUACAGGCUAAAAUAUAUAUGUAGCUACAGUUCGAAUCAUUCAGCGUCAUCAGUGUCAUUGAUGAAACUUUCUGAUGGCUGGAUUUUCUCCACGUGAUGCAUCUAUGUUUCACUAUUUCCGUAAUGUAUUGUAUACUCUACUGUAAAUAUCAUAAUCUUCUUGCCAUUAUAUAUCACAGCCAAAGAAUAUCAAAGCCACAAAGAAAUUGAGCAUGGCUUUCGUACAAAUUCCCCCUGACCUUGUUGAUAAUGCGUGCUAAUCGUAAAAUUUUGAAUAUUUAAAGAGACGUUGUGAGACGAUGAUCUCAAGAAAACCGCCUCGUGUUCCAUUGAGAGCCUUGUCAUUUGUUGGUUCAAAUUUCGCGCGAGCCACCGUUAAAUAAAAUAUGUACAUAGCUUUAUUUCAUGCGCACAUAUGCAUUCAUUCAUGAUUCAUUCAAAAAAUACUGUUUUAACCGUUGUUGACAUAAUUAUAUAUACAAAAGCUGCUUUACAAUAUAUAUAAAAGUUUCUGCGUUCAACUGAGUGGCAUUAUUUGACCUCGACUUAAAAACUUUUCAAGUAAAAGAAGUCCAUAGUAUUAUACUACCACACACUUUAUGGAUCAAAGGUAAAGCAUGCUUUGAACUGACAAAGAAGUUUCGAUAUUGUAUAAACCGCAAUCUUGAAGUGCAUUUCCGCAUACACUGUAUCAUUUAAUACUUAUACAAAACAUAUAAAGAAGGCCAUCAUUUACCUUAUAAACUUCCAAAAUUGUCGUGCUUCCGUGAUAUGGCGUGAGCAGGCGUUAUCAAUCCUCACUGUUCAAAAUGGCUGACUCAGUAAUCGUGUAAUAGCAUGCUACUAGAUGCGUUUGAGGCGCGUGAUAACCUGUUGGGCAAAAAGGAAAUUUUAUUCACUGCUUGGCCGAUGACGCACGUGUGACGCACAUUGGCCGUAUGUGUCACGGAAAUAGGAAAUGAAAGGUUAAGAUUACUAAGAGUUUUAAGUAUGUUCCGACGACUCAUUUUCCGCCUAGAUUUACAGCUUCCGAGUAAAAUAUAGAUUUAAUAUUUCCUGUGUACAAAGAAAUCGCACUUCUGGCAAAGUUCACUUUCAAGUUUCAGUAUUCGGGCUUUCAGUUAAUUUAUUUCAAUUAGUUAUUUUCUUUGUCAAGAUUGCUUUAAAUUUAAACUAGAAUGUUUAUCGCGUCAGUAUAAAGUAAUUCUUGGUUAUCUUUCAUGUAGUUUUCUUGUGUGUAAAAUUGUACGAAGACGAAAUUAUAUACAGUAUAACGAUUAAGUUUCAAGUUUCAUUUUAAAUUUCAGCUUCGGUUUUUAGCUUAAAGUUUUGUUCUGCAUGGUUGCCUUAAUUAAGAUUCGUUUACAUGCAUUUUUAAAUUGCUAUAAUUUCUACUGCAAUCUUCGUCUGCACCUAAAAUAAAUCGCAGCAAAAACAGGCUGUAUAUAUAUAUAUAUAUAUAUAUAUAUAUAUAUAUAUUUGUUUAUAUUUUCGGUAUUUCUUUUUAUCAAUCUGAUGAGUGAUGGAAAAUUCUCCAUACUUCUGUCUAUCGCGUGAUCCUACUUUAUGUCAAAUAUGAGAUUUCCUGCUCGACUAAUUGAUGUUACUGCAGUAUCUCUUGGAAAAACAGUUUAGUUAUAAAUAAAACUGAUAAAAUCGUUAUACAGUAUAAAACAUUUAUUAAUAAAUAAGCAUAUAUCCUGAUAUCCUUAUUCUAUAUUUUUAUACAUGUAUAUCCUUAUAUAGCUGUUAGCAAGUAUUUUUAACUGAAACAAUUAUGUUUAAUUUAAGUCAUGCAUAUAUUGUCAUUUGCAAUAAUAUUUAGUUAUAUUUCUGUAAUUACAUCUUAACAAUGGGUUUAAUUGGACAAAAUUAUUUGGGUAAAAAAGUAAAAUAUAUAUAUUUUCUGAAUUCACCAUUAUCUUAUAUAAGACUAACAGUUUAUAUUAUUGCUUAGCACGAGUCAUAACGACCAGUAAUAUUGGUAAUGACCCGUGUUGUCGCUAUAAAAACAAAAUUCCCAAUGAAAAUAAACCCCUUGAGGCUUGCUUUUAUAUUAGGGUGUACUCAGAUCUAAACCGUCUUCCCUGAAGUUCAGUGAGACGUCCUUUAUUGCUCCUAUAGUUACUUCAGAAAUUAUCUUCAGAGAGUAUCAAGAAAUUUGAGUAUUAUAGUUUAUAGUCUUGACUUUGUUCAUUUAAAUAUUUUUAAUUUCAUUGGCUCUUUUUACGAAGUUAAUUAAACCUUCAGUGUCAAUUUUGAAAGAAAAUGAAAUCAAAACCAUGUCUAUGCCGCAUAGAUUGCCGUUGGUAGUUAGUAAUACGGAUACUAAAUCAUGUAGCUCAUUGACAUUGAAAAUGAUUUUGGUAGUAUACAUGUUCAAGGCAGUAGUCGCAUGUUAUCUUUGAAGACGGAGCGCUAUUCGCCAUUGCGCGUUAUUUUUACGAAUUUUGAUUGCCUCAACUUUCUUCUUUGUCUUCCAUUUUGUUUUUGGUAAUGUGUAUGGUGAAAGCUUAAACUCAAAUUGAAAUAAAUGAUUGAAGGCACCAUAUCUGAUAGCCAAUAAAAAUAAAUAUAAAUAACAAAGGCCUGUUCAUAUGAACCAGGCCAUAUCCCCGGCAAACCGGGCCAAUUCACCAUAUAGCUUCUUAUUCUUCUUCCCAAACGUGGCGAUUGCAGCAUCGUUUUGGUGCUUUUGUAUCACAGUAACUUUUUGGCGAUUAACAAGAUCGACACAUGUAUACUUGAAAAUAAUACCAUCAGUUUUUGGCACAAGAGUUUCUCUAUUUCCUCGGAUUUCUCUAUAUCAUCAUCAGGAUGUUUGAAUUAUUUAUGGACCUCUACUCGUGAUAAUCAAACGAACUGCGAGAAUUUUAAAAUGAAACUCGACCGUAAUUUCAUGAAGAGGAAGUUUUCUAAUAGUCGGGUGGCAUAUACUAUUCAAAUUUCGUUGCAACCAGGCAAAUUUUAUUGCUCUCUGGUGACAUUGAGUUAAAUCCUGGCCCUAUUAUUCAAGGCGUUGACAGUCGUAAGGAUUAUUUAGAACAGUUUGUUAAUUCAUUAGACAACUCAUCCUCUAACCUACGAAUUGCACAUGAACACAUCAACGUUCGUAGUCUUCGGAACAAGCUAGAUGAAAUAGAGAUCUUGUUAAAAGUAUGCCGUUUGGAUGUCCUGUCAAUAACUGAAUCACAUAUCUUGAUGAAAAUAUUGCAAAUCAACAAUUGAACAUCGAGAACUAUAAACUAGCUCGAAGAGACAGAGAAACUGGCCCCGGCGGAGGUUGUAUUGUGUAUGUUGCAGAUCAUAUUUGUUUCAACUCUCUCUCUAGAGACACGCAACAUUGAGGGAAUAUGGAUAAAAAUCACGGUUAAUGCGACUUCAAUCGUAUUAGGAACUAAGUAUACAGACCUCCACUAUCAGAUUCCAAUAUCUUUAACAAAUUCUAUACCAUGUUAGACCUAGUCUGGAGCAAAUUUAAGAAUGUGUUAAUUGUUGGUGACCUAAAUGCAGAUAUUUCUCGGUCGGUGAACAAUGAUGUCUCAUCAAUCCCUGGUAAAAAAACUGCUCAGAACAUUAGAACAUUUCAAUUACUCCAUAAUGAACGACCAAUUACCCACUAGAGUUACAACAUCAUCUUCAACUUUAAUUGAUCAUGUUAUUUCCAGCAAACCUGAAACAAUUAAAGAAACAAAAACUCUGGAAUUAGGAAUAUCUGAUCACAUGCUAGUUUAUGUUUCGCUGAAGACCAAGUUAAGAAGAACACCACCUAAAAUUAAACGAAUUUACAAAAGAUGUUGAAAAAGCGCCUUGGUCUGUGUGUUCAGUGUUUGAUGAUAUGGAGGAUGUCUACUGGACGUAGGGUCAUCUUUUCAACAACAUUUGCAAUAAACACGCUCCAUACAGACAAGUCAAGAUUGAACAGAACUCCUUGCCAUGGAUCACUCCACAAAUUAGGCAUAUAAUGAACCUCAGAUACAAAACAUUCUUGAAAGCGAAGAAAUUGCAAAGCCAGGAGUUAUUCGCUGAAUACCGUAAGUUGAGAAACAGUAUAACGCACGAAGUACGGGUUUCCAAAACUAUGUAUUACACGGACCUUUUCAACGAAGUUAAAAGCUGUAAAACCUACUGGAAGCUGUUGAAAACUGAAUGCUACCAACAACGUGUCAACGAAACCAAUACUCGGUAUUAAAGGAAAAGAUGGAAAGAUUGUUACAUCAGAUCAAGCUAAGGCGGCAAUUUUCAACCAACAUUUCUCAACGAUAGGUGAAAAACUUGCAAACAAUCUACCCACAACCGAUCAGAAUACCUCCAUCAGCACCAUCAACCGUGUUACGCCCACAGUAAUGGACAUUAACUUAACAUGCGAAAAUGUGUCAACAGCAUUAACCAAGGUGAAAGCGGAUAAAGCAUGCGGUCCUGAUAAAGUUGCACCAAAGUUAUUAAAGAAAGCUGGUCACACAGUCAUUCCAUCAUUACUUUCCCUGUUCACAUCAAGUGUGUCACGCAACAGUGUUCCUGAUCAGUGGGAAAGAGCUAGCUAAUGUCUCGUCAUUGUAUAAGAAGGACGACGAGACUGACAAGAGCAACGACAGACCUAUAUUCCUACUAUGUGUUCCAGGUAAACUCAUGGAGACCUAUGUAGCUUCCAUGCACCAUUACAACACACUUAACAGAACAUGACCUUAGCCAUGCAUAACCACCAAUGGGCAUAUAAGAAAGGACAUUCAACUGAGUUACUCUUAGUCAAGAUGACGGAGAAUUGGAGACGAGCAUUGGAUAACAAUUUAGUAGUUGGUAUUGUAUUUGUAGAUUUUCGGAAGGUAUUUGAUUCUAUCUCCCACCCAGUCCUCCUUAGAAAGUUACAAGAGCUCGGUAUAUCGGGUGAUCUGUGGUGUUGGGUUAAAAACUAUCUUUCCAACCGUCAUCAGGUUACAGUAAUUAAUGGUUGUAUGUCGGAGUCGAUGCCCGCAGUAAAGUUUGGUGUUCCGCAAGGAUCUGUUCUUGGUCCAAUUCUGUUUUCCUUGUUGUGUAACGACCUACCAGAUAUUAAUAUUUCGGAUGAUGGAGAUAUUUAUAUGUAUGCAGAUGAUACCACGCUCUAUGCCUUUGCACCAACACAAGAUCUUGUUGCAGAAAUUCUCAACAAAAUA